UCGAGAACGGCUAUCUCCUGCUUCUCUCGUGAGGCGACUGUACUAGCUCCGUCUGCGAAGCCGCCAAUCGCACACACCCAAGGAGCUCCGAGAUAGCAACCUUGGAAUCUGGGGGAGCCAAGACCGGCCGAUGCAUUUGCCGAUGUGCUAUCGUCAUUGGGUAUCCAGUAUGAUUAUUAUUACUACCUCUUAUCAAUCAGCCUCUUGCAUUUCUCAAUCAUAGGAUACAACCUGCGAGGUUAAGUUUUCGUUUGCCCUGGGUUGAAGGAUUGUUCCACGGGCUACAACUAGUACAAGAGGGGGUUGUCGUUGCUUUUCGGGAGGGGUUAUAUAACUUCGCCGUCUUAGAGCCCGAGGACCGGACCAAUUACGCUCUUCCAGCUGCACGUGUAGGAAUGAAAAGCAAGGUUUACCGCCAACAUGAGACUCAAGAGUUUUAUCUGCGUUGCUCUUAACUUCACUUUAACUCUCGUUGCUGCUUGCGGUGGAUCUAGCAAACAAGCUCGGGAAUGGAGUCCAGAAGAGCUGGCUGAGUUAGAAGCAAAAUGGGGAACAGAUUGGGGAUUCAGUGGCAUAUCUACAUUUGCCCACCUCAAACAUGUCAAAUGCUUGACCACACCUAGCGAGCUCUUUGACAUUGCUAUCCUCGGCGCACCGUUCGAUACUGCUGUAUCGUAUCGCCCGGGAGCCCGGUUCGGGCCGCGGGCUAUCCGCGCCGCCUCGGCGCGUCAGACCUCGUUUCGUGGGUUUAACCCCCGGGCCAGCGUAAACCCAUAUCAGAACUGGGCUAAGAUACUCGACUGCGGUGACAUUCCCGUGACGCCCGUGGACAAUGCCCAGGCCUUGACGCAGAUGAGUGCCGCCUUCUCCGAGCUCGGAGCUAGACCGGCCUUGUCUCCCCUCUUGACUAAGCCCCGGAUCAUCACCCUCGGCGGUGACCACAGCCUCGCUCUCCCAGCUCUCCGUGCGCUGACGGCGGCGUACGGCCGACAGAAGCUGCGCGUGCUGCACUUCGACGCGCACCUCGACACGUGGCACCCUGAGAAAUACCCUAGUUACUGGGCUACGGAGCAGAGUCAGUUCAACCAUGGCUCAAUGUUCUGGCUGGCGGGCCAGGAAGGACUACUGGCGAACGUCUCGGAAGGCGGCUUACCGUCCGUGCACGCGGGACUCCGGACAAGACUCUCGGGAGAUGACUUCGGUGAUUUCGACGAUGACGAUAACCAAGGCUGGAUCCGGCUCAGCGCGGAUGAUAUCGAUGAGCUCGGCACCGGGGGCAUCGUUAAGAAGAUUAUGGACACCCUCGGCACUGAGGACCCCGUGUAUCUGAGCGUUGACAUCGAUGUGUUAGACCCGGCGUUUGCGCCAGGUACGGGAACGCCGGAGCCAGGCGGCUGGACGACGAGGGAGCUGAUUCGAAUCCUGAGGGGCAUUGAGGGGCUGAAUGUUGUUGGGGCGGACGUUGUCGAGGUCGCGCCGGCGUAUCAGGGGAAUGGGGAAGAAACAGCCCUUGCAGGUGCGCAGAUUGUAUAUGAGAUUCUCAGCUCUAUGGUUAAGAGGGGGUUGCAGGACAUGACAAAGAUAGAACCGGAGAAGGAGAUGGUAGAGUCGACCGAUGGGAAAGAUGAGCUUUGAGUGAGAGUGGAUGGGAAGGCGGCACGAGGUUGCCCAGCAUUGCUUGGACGAACAGAGGCGUAAAAUGAUCGAUCAGACCAUCUACCUCAUCUUACCUAUCCUCUUC